AAGCCACAUUCCUGAAUGACAUCAUGAGCCCUGCCUAUGAAACUUUUGUUAUUUUUUCCCUCCAACGACUUCACUUGUUCCCACAAACCCGGUGGCAGAGACGCCUCACAGUUUUCCAGAGCAAAUCAGCAUAUAAUUCAGUCAUCACUGGCAGCUGAGCUUCACAAAGAUUCUUAAAAACAAAAAAAGAGAGAAGAUACUAAGCACUUUGUUGUUUGCUUCUUAAAAACCUGCACCACUUCCUUAAAAUUCUGCUUUCCUGCUGCCAUGGAGAAGGUCCAGUACAUAACCCGCUCUGCUAUGAGAAGAGCCUCCACUAUUGAGGUGAACCCACAAACACGCCAAAGGCUUCAGGAGCUUUUUGUAAACUUCUGUCUUAUCUUAAUAUGCCUCUUGCUUAUCUGCAUUAUUAUGAUGCUUCUCUGAAGUCCAGUUUCUUUGAAUGAUCUUCACAGCACUACACAAUGAGAAAGCCACAUCCAGAAGAGGAAAGAAAACAAGAAUCUUCCACCGUACGGAAAACUUGCAAGAAGGUCCAGCAUUUGGACUAAGUGGUUUCUCACCAGCUGCACUAUUCACUAUUAGCAGUCAUCACACCGUUAAAUGCACCUGUAUUGAACUGUGAUUUCAAACCUUCCAUCACAAGGCUAUGCAUGAGCAACUCAUUCACUUUGCUUUAAGAAAAACCCUGAAGUCUUCUGCGAAUGUUGCACAUUAGCAGCUUUGAUUAACUGUGUGAAUUAAAUUCUGUUUCAGUACAAAGAGCUAUAAGAUGUCCAAUCUUGUACCCUUGGUCCUAUAUGCACCAACCAGUCAACAAUUCAGUACUAUAAUUUAAUAGUAAAUAUGCUAUCAGAACUGAACUAUUAACAUAUAGGCUUAGAAAAUUACAUAUUUUAGAACAUAAUCUGCAAAGCCUAUUUUAAAAUCUUAGUUAUUUACCUAGUUUUACCAUCUUUUCAACUAAAACCUUGAACAUUGUGCAAAAUUGUAUUUUUUUAAAAUCACAUGUGAAUCAGGUGAGCAAGUAAAACUAAUACUUUUUUCCAGUUUAAAGGGAAGGCAGAUAAUGGGGGAAUGCCCAAAAUUUCUGCCUCAGAUUUUCUAUGCUGCAACCAGCUGUACGUGUUCAACAUUUAUUCACAAUUUAUAGUAUCUUCAGAAAACUCAGCAAUGAUCCCCUUGCUAAACAAUUAGUAUGGAAUACGUUCACGAUGAUCAUAUGGGAUAUGGAGUAAUUCCUAUCAAAGUAACUAAAACAGCAAAGAGAAAGAGUCUUCACAACUCACUUGGUAACUAUAGAGAUUUUCAACUGGUAAAAAGCUAACACUGGCAAAUACAGGUGAAAACAAAUGGAUAAAGUCACUAAUUAUUUCAUCUGAUAUAAUUCAGAUGAACCCUUUAGCUAAGUGGAGCUCAUAAACUGCCUGACAAAAUAACAGAUUUAGCUACCCAAUCUGUCUGAAAAACUUGACAGUAGAACAGAGAUCCAAGCUGAAACAAAUAUACCAGCAAACCCUGGGAAUCUCUUUUUGUUUUAAAGAAGGGUAGUGUUACCAGAUGGAACAUAUCAAUCCAGAUACUGUUAAGUAUUUAAUGUUGUUAAACUAGUUAAGUAUUUAAUGUUGAGCAAAACCUCAAGUAACACUGGAAUAAAAUACACCUCAGCAAUAUUCUCAUAUGUUAAUGGAGAGAAAAGUAUGCAAUCAAUGGCUUGGAUCCAGUGAAGCGACUCCAUGGGCAUAAUGAUUUCUGCCCACCGAAUGUGACUUUCUCACCUGCAAUCAUCCCCAAAUGCCCCUUUUGAUCCACACCAAAGCUUUGCAUUUUUGCAGUGCUGGCUAAAAAUAAUUACUCACAGAAGGUAGCGAAAUCCUUGAAUUUAGUACCAGAGAUUGUUAUAAUGUAUAUGAAAUUCUUCUCAUAACACUUGGAGUCAGGAGAACUGAAUUUUUUUUUAAGUCCUAGCUUCAGCACAUUGAAAAUCCAGACCACAUAGUGGCUGAUGAGUGUGUAUAUUAUAUAUUUAAUGUAGUAAUGCAGACAAUUUCAUGCAUUAUUCUAGUCCACUGUAUUCUCCUUAUGUCAGUUACAGAGGUGUUACUUGUUCUGCUCUAUGUGUCAGUCUCUGAGACAAUUUCCUCAAGUCUACUAUGAACAGAUUUUACACAAUAUCCCCUGCUGGUAAAACCUGUAUCAUAUAUUAUGCCACUUUUGUCACCUCUAUGAAAUAUCUUAUUGGGACAGAAUGGAGUGCAAUAACCUUACUAUGUACAUAUUAUCAUCUGAAGUAAUAAUUCAUUACUUGAUUGUAGCCCUUCCACACAUUCAGAAAGUAUUCCACAUAUCAUAAUGUUAUAUACUGAUUCAUUCUCCGGUUAUGUGAAACAAUAAUGUGCUCCAAGGUUAUUCCUAAAAUAAAAAUGCACGCUAAAAGAUA